UGAAAGGACAAACAUAGAUUUCAAUGCUCGCAACUUAUUCAGCCGUGUGGGGAAAUUUCUCAAUCACAUUCCACCUGCUUAUAUAUAUGAAUGUGCUAUAAGAGAAAGUGGCAGAAUUCAAUCAAAUACACCCUAACCAUUACUAGUUAAGGCCUUCAUAAAAAAAACAGCUAGAGCACAUGGGAACCACUAUGGUUUCAAGCAAAUUUUCUUCUUUCUCAUAUUGCAGUUCAAGAAGAAUAGCUGCCACAAUCAAUGUGCCGAAGAUUAAGGUAACCAAAAUCUCCACUCCAAGGCCUCCCAACAAAGACUUGGUGGCAGAAUUGAAUUAUCUAAAUAACUACAUUUCAGCCACCAGCACAACUCAUGCAAAAGAGAAUCCUUGCUACUCCAAUAUCAGCACUAACAGUUCCACAGCACCUAGAACAAGCACACCAAAUUCCAUUGAGGCUGUUAAGCUUCAUUUGAUUAUGGAGAUUGUAGCAGAAAGAAUGGAGAUGCACAAGAAUAUCGGAGCACAGCGCGACAACUGGAACUGCCUGCUAACGACAUCUGUUAAUAUGAUCACUCUCUCUGCUGCAACCAUGGUUGGCCUUGCAGCUGUUGGUUCAAGUGGAGCACCUAUUGUGGCCUUGAAGGUGUCCUCCACAAUUCUUUACAUGGCAGCCACAGGGUUACUUGUGGUCAUGAACAAAAUCCAGCCAUCACAGCUUGUAGAGGAGCAGAGAAAUGCUGCUAGGUUGUUCAAGCAGCUUCAUGGAGAACUCAGAACAAGGCUUUCUGUUGGGAAUCCUAGUGAAAAUUAUGUUAAUGAAGCAAUGGAGAAAGUCUUGGCAUUGGACAGGGCUUACCCUCUUCCUCUAUUGGGCUCAAUGCUUGAAAAAUUCCCUCAAACUGUGGAGCCAGCAGUGUGGUGGCCUAGACAGAAGCAAAGGUGUGUGAGAAAAGAAGAGUUUGGUGGGAUUGGGAAUUUGAAAGGGAAGAAUGGAUGGGAUGCAAGUUUGGAAGAUGAGAUGAAAAAGGUUGUGAUGGUUUUGAGAAAGAAGGACAUGGAAGACUACUUGAGGUUGGCUAAAGGAGUUUUGAACUUCAACAAGGUAUUGGCAGUUUCUGGUCCACUGCUCACCGGCCUUGCAGCUUUAGGAUCAGUUUUUUUGGGUUCUGUGAAUGCAUCUUGGCCUGCUAUGCUUGGGGUUAUUGGAGGAGCUUCGGCAAGUGUUGUUAACACAUUAGAGCAUGGGGGCCAAGUAGGGAUGGCGUUUGAGAUGUAUAGGACAACCACUGGCUUCUUUAAGCUCAUGGAAGAGAGCAUAGAGCUAAAUAUAAAUGAACAAGAUCCUCAUAAAAGAGAAAAUGGGGAAUUGUUUGAAAUCAAAGUUGCUUUACAGCUAAGUAGGAGUCUCUCAGAACUCAGGCAAUUUACUGCUUCAAUUUCAUCCUCAUAUAAAGAGAAUGAUUGUGAAGAGUUUGCUAGCAAACUUUUCUAGAUAGUGUUAUUACCAUGUAUACUGGAACUAUUAAGCUUUGUUUUGUAAAUAUUCUCAUAACAAGAGAAUGCUUAUGAAUACAUUGUUAGCUGGUAUUAAGUAUAAUAUUAUUACUAUGUGUACUUACUAUCAUGAUUUUUUUGGUAAAUGUGAUUUGUAGAGUUUAGCUUUGCUCC